AUGUCCGGUCUCGAGGUUGUCGCUGCUGUCUCGGCCGUUAUAUCGGCCUUUCAUGGCGGGUCCGAGCUGGUGAAGCUCAUCAAGAAGAAGAGAAAGAGCAAGAAAGAGCAGGCGUAUAGGGAAAAGGCCUUGCAGGAGUCACUGCAGAGCGGUGAAAUUCAAGUCAAUCAGCGGUACCAGGCAGACUGUAGAGAGAUUGGUCCCAGGUUCCGUACUGGCGAUGCUCUUGCUCGCGAUCGGCUGCUCCACAUAGCGGUCAUGAUGCAAGCUGAAAUCAUAAGAAGCCUCCAGAUUGCGAUACAGUACGAAAAUGCAGUCCUUGACCUCACUUUGCUCAAUGAGACUUCCAUCAUGAACCGUCGUGACACAAUCACGGCGUUGGAUGAGCUCAAGCAACGAAUCUACAUGAGUUUACCGCUAGAGCAAUCGCUACGGCCUCCUACCGUUGACCUGGAGGGAAGAACAUCCAUGGACUCCGUCCGGACUUUCAUGACGGCCAAUACCAUGGCAGCUGAUUUUGUCCCCUCUGCGGUGACGCUCCCCGCGAUCGAUCACGAACCACAGCACGGGCUAGGUAAACUGUUAUCGGUAGCACGGCGACCAUCAUCGAGGAGACCUAUGGAAAGCAGCCGCAUCGAACUUCUUCCAAACUUCGACUGGCUUUCUCGACAUAUUGCGACCCGCGAUGGUGGCAACGAUCUUAUACCUGACUUUAACGCCUUCCACAUUACCAUGUCUACUCCGACUUGUGCUUCACAAGCUCCAAGACACGACAGUGUUAUGCGUCAAGAUUCCAAUUCUACGAAGAGCGUCCAUUCUUAUUCGGGCAGUAACCGCACAAGCUCUGUCCCAUCUAUCGGAGCAUAUGAACUGGCUGCCAACAGUUCUCCCCAGCCAGACGCAUCGCCUUACAUUGGAUCCUCCCCUAUCACACCAGACAGCCCAUUCUCAGGCUUCCACCCAGGCUACGAGCGCACCAACCCAGCGGCACAAAACAGAAAGUCCUCGUACAGCAAUCCUGAUCGUUCCUUCCUCUUUUCGCGCAAGACAGACACAAUCAUGAUGCCCGGCAACCCAAAAUCGAUGCUCGGCCGGCCUUCCAAAAGCAACAAUUACUGGGGCUUCUGCAAAGGCGCGUGGAGCUGCCGCGAAGAGUUCAGCAAAGGCAUCUCGCUCGUCACACUGCCCUCGGGCAUGUACGGUAGCAUGAAAGUCUGGCAAUGCCGCUCCUGCUCCUUCAGCGGCAAAGCGUUCGGCCAGAAACCCCACAUUGUCAUCGACCCUAACGUCCACGUGUCCGGGUGCGGGAUUCGCUAUAAAUGGGCUUUCCUCGCGAAGAGCCAUGCCAAGAAGACCGGGCCGGCGGCGGAUGGCACUGGCGAUAGCGAGAGGUGUAAUUACGGGUGCAUUCUGUGCAGUGUGGCGAGUCGUGGGACCCCUAUCUUUGGGAAUGCCGAGACGCUGAUGAAUCAUAUAUAUCUGGAGCAUUCGGCCAGUAUGUCCAAGGACGUGCAGGAGAUUGCGAGGUGCGUGUUUAACAGGGUGGCCGGGCCGAGUGAGGAUUUCGAUAUCAAUAUUCCGUUUGCGCUGCAGGAGAAGGAGGGGAGCUAA